CGUUCCGCUUCGGUUCCGCCUGCCUUCGGGCUGACGUGUCUGCUGUACGUCGGCGGCUCGGCGAGUAGGGCCGUGAUGGCGGACGCCUGGGAAGAAAUUAGGCGGUUGGCGGCUGACUUCCAGCGGGCGCAGUUCGCAGAGGCCACGCAGAGGUUGUCAGAGCGGAACUGCAUUGAGAUUGUGAAUAAACUGAUUGCUCAGAAACAGCUAGAAGUAGUUCACACACUUGACGGGAAGGAAUAUGUUACUCCAGCCCAAAUUAGUAAAGAAAUGAGAGAUGAGCUACAUGUUCGAGGUGGUCGAGUAAACAUUGUUGAUCUGCAACAGGUAAUUAAUGUGGAUCUGACUCAUAUUGAAAAUAGAAUUGGUGACAUUGUUAAAUCAGAGAAACAUGUUCAGCUAGUGUUGGGACAACUGAUAGAUGAGAACUAUUUGGAUCACUUAGCAGAAGAGGUAAAUGAUAAAUUACAAGAAAGUGGGCAGGUAACCAUAUCAGACCUAUGUAAAACCUAUGAUCUUCCCGGAAACUUUCUGACACAGGCACUAACUCAUCGACUAGGUAGAAUUAUUAACGGACACAUUGAUCUUGAUAACAGAGGAGUGAUAUUUACUGAAGCUUUUGUAGCUAGACAUAAAGCACGCAUCCGUGGGCUGUUCAGUGCUAUUACCCGGCCCACAGCAGUGAAUUCUUUGAUUUCAAAAUAUGGAUUUCAGGAGCAGCUUCUUUACUCUGUUCUUGAGGAACUUGUUAAUAGUGGACGCUUACGAGGCACUGUGGUUGGUGGGAGACAGGAUAAGGCGGUGUUUGUCCCUGACAUUUAUUCCAGGACACAAAGUGCUUGGGUGGAUUCUUUUUUCAGGCAGAAUGGCUAUCUCGAAUUUGAUGCUUUGUCCAGACUUGGAAUCCCAGAUGCUGUGAGCUACAUAAAGAAAAGAUAUAAGACUACCCAGCUCCUGUUUUUGAAAGCAGCUUGUGUUGGUCAAGGACUUGUGGAUCAGGUGGAAGCAUCAGUAGAGGAAGCCAUCAGCUCUGGAACAUGGGUUGAUAUUGCACCUCUGCUGCCCAGUUCUUUAUCAGUUGAAGAUGCUGCAAUAUUGCUUCAACACGUGAUGAGGGCACUCAGCAAACAGGCUUCAGCUGUGGUCUUUAGCGAUACUAUUGUAGUCAGUGAAAAAUAUUUAAAUGACUGUACGGAACUAUUCAGUGAACUGAUGCACCAAAAAGCUGAAAAGGAAAUGAAAAACAAUCCUGUUCAUUUAAUCACUGAAGAAGAUCUGAAACAAGUCUCCAUUUUAGAAAGCAUUAAUACAAAUAAAAAGGAUAAGAAAGAUGAGCGAAGGAGGAAAGCAACAGAGGGCAGUGGAAGCGUGAGAGGCGGCGGUGGCGGCAAUGCCAGAGAGUACAAAAUUAAAAAAACCAAGAAGAAAGGAAAAAAAGAGGACGAUAGUGAUGAUGAGUCAUCUCACACUGUAAAGAGGAAGCCAGAGAUCACUUUUAUGUUCCAGGAUGAGAUUGAAGAUUUUUUAAGAAAACAUUUACAAGAUGCCCCUGAGGAGUUUAUGUCUGAACUUGCCGAGUACUUAAUAAAACCUCUAAAUAAAACUUACCUUGAGGUGGUACGUUCGGUGUUCAUGUCUUCAACUUCUGCCUCUGGAAGUGGCAGAAAGCGCACAAUAAAGGACUUGCAAGAAGAGGUUUCAAACCUUUACAAUAAUAUACGAUUAUUUGAAAAAGGGAUGAAGUUCUUUACAGAUGAUACCCAGGCUGCUCUUACCAAGCACUUGAUGAAGACAGUGUGUACGGAUAUCACGAAUCUCAUUUUCAACUUCUUAGCUUCGGAUUUAAUGAUGGCAGUAGACGAUCCUGCAGCCAUUACAAGUGAAGUAAGUCAAAAAAAAAUUCUAAGUAAAUUAUCAGAAGAAACUAAAGUAGCUCUCACAAAACUCCAUAGCUCUCUGAAUGAAAAGAGCAUAGAAGACUUCCUUUCUUGUCUGGAUUCUGCAGCAGAAGCUUGUGAUAUUAUGGUAAAAAGGGGAGACAAAAAAAGGGAAAGGCAGAUACUGUUCCAACAUCGACAAGCCCUGGCUGAACAGCUGAAAGUCACAGAAGACCCUGCUCUUAUUCUGCAUCUCACAUCGGUCCUGUUGUUUCAGUUCUCGACCCACAGCAUGCUCCAUGCUCCUGGAAGAUGUGUCCCACAGAUCAUAGCUUUUCUGAGCAGUAAAAUUCCAGAGGAUCAGCAUACUCUUUUGGUAAAGUAUCAAGGUUUGGUUGUAAAGCAUUUAGUGAGUCAAAGUAAAAAAACUGGGCAGGGAGAAGAUCCCUUGAGUGAUGAAUUAGACAAAGAACAAGAAGAUACCACCAGUACUACUCGUAAAGAGCUUCAAGAACUUUCUUCGUCCAUUAAAGACCUUGUCCUUAAAUCCAGGAAAUCAUCAAUGACAGAAGAGUAAUGAUUUUAAUUUACUUAGUGUUGUCAUAGAGUAAACAUUUUUUUCCCCAAAGAUAAAGGUGAAUGGUUACCAAAAAAUACUCAUUUCACAAUCCCCAAUAGGGCCUUCCAUAGUCACAAUUCAGUUAAAAACAGUAGUGUUGUAUUCAUUGUAAAUGUUAUAAAAAUGUCAAUUUUUGUAAAUUGGGUUCUCCAUGGAAGAUUUCUUUUUCACAUUGUAAUUCUAAAAAUUACACAUUUCAGGUUUAUUUUCUUUCUAGAUGCUGAAUGAAGAAUAAAUUUUCUGGUAUCAUUUUCUCUAGGAGAGGACUCACUUGUCAUGUUACUGGAUUUCAAGUGACAUUAUUAUAUUUACACAUAUUGGGGAGAAACUUAAAAUGCAGUCAUGUUUAAAAAAAAAAAAAACGUGUGUGGUGUCAAAUGAAAAUAGUGUAUUUUAUUUUAAAAUUACUAGAGAAUGCUUCAAACCUAAAGUACAGAAAUUUGCUUUUUUGUUUGUUUGUUUUUUAUUACUAAGCCCUUUUAUUUCUGGCAGAUAGAGGGCCUCCCAUCUCCCCACCAGGAGUGAACUUUUAUGUGGUUGGAGGCUUAAGGGAUGCUUACAGGUGCAGAACACCAGAGGGGCCCAAGCAUUGCUGUGCUCUAAUCUGUAACAAGAUGCUAACAAGAGUGAAAGACAAAUAUAUAAUUUACUACUGAUAGAUAAAAGUCACAUUUUAGCAUUGUAAAUUAAAGAUUUAAUACAAAUGGUUUCUUUUAACCCAGUUUGCAUUUCUAAAUUUCAUUUUUUUAUAGCACUUAAUACUUUGUUGUAAGGGGAUCUCCAAGUACAUUUAAAUUGCUGGAACUUUUUUUUUUAAAAAAAUGGGAACCCUUAUUAAAAACUAGGUAUUCUUGUUUUAUAAAGAUUAUUAGUAGUUAAAAAUAACUGAAAUAGUUCCUUAGAGUAAUCAUUUCAACCAAAUGUGUUUCAAGCAACAAUUUAUUAUAUAUCAAAAAAGAAUUUAUUUAAAAUAUAAUAGGAAGUUAAAUCUCAAAUAUUGAAAAUUAGUAUUUUGUAUAAUUCCUUAUAUGGCAUUUAAAACUCUGUUUUAAAAUGUUUGGAUACAAAGAUUGGUCUACCUCUAAUUCUAAAUAAAGUAUUUAUUGCUUGAAAGAAAUUAAUAUAAUUUGCUAAGCAUUUUAAUUAAAGUAGAUAGAAAUAUAACAAAUUUUAAAAUAUCUUCCAUUGGUAAUUUUCUAUUAAUGUAUUUUCAUAAGAGCAAAGGAAGAAAAAUGACAAAUGCUCUGUGACCACAAACUCCUAUUAUUUUUAUUUGUUGAUUCAGCUUCCAAAAUAUUGAACACCCUACCUAAUUUUUUAUUGUCUUUAAGGACCUUACCAUUUAUGUUUCAAGAGAUACCAAAGUAAUCCAUGUUUGUAUCCAAACUGGAUCAUAGACAGUGAAGCAAAUAAAAGCAUUCUUUCUUAAUUUGUGAAAAUAAAAAUAGAAGAGAUGAAG